AUGUCGGAGUCAGUGAAAGUGAAUCCUGAUUUACAGAAGGAAAGGGACAAUUGUACGUUUAACAUUACAGAGCUUACAAACCUCAUAGAUGGAGGGCCACAAAAAACCGAAGAAAGGAAGAAACGAGAGGAGAUGGUGUUCAAAGAAGGAAUCCAUAUUGAUGAAGUGCCUUCAGAUUAUCUAAGUCACAAGGAAAAAUAUGAAUUGGCUAUUAAAAAAGCAUGUAUGCUGUUUAAAAUGAUGCGUAGACUGCAAGAAGAAGAUAAUGCUGGUAUGGAGAAUUAUAUGGCACUUUUGGGCGGGAACCUCGGGUCGGCCAUCUUGGGUGACGGCUCUCCUCUAACCCUGCACUAUGUGAUGUUCAUACCCACCCUCAUGGGACAGGCGACAGUCGAACAACAAGCAUACUGGAUCGGAAGAGCGUUCAAUCUCAGCAUAAUCGGCACUUAUGCACAGACGGAGUUAGGUCACGGCACGUUCAUCCGCGGUCUGGAGACGACGGCGACAUACGACGCGGCCGCCAAGCAGUUCGUGCUGCACAGCCCCACACUCACCGCAUACAAGUGGUGGCCUGGAGGACUGGCGCACACCGCCAACUACUGCGUGGUGAUGGCGCAGCUGUUCACGCAGGGGAAGUGCCACGGCAUACACCCCUUCAUAGUGCAGCUGAGGGACGAGGAGACGCACAUGCCGCUGGCCGGCAUCAAGGUCGGCGAGAUCGGCGCCAAGCUCGGCAUGAACGGCACCAACAAUGGCUUCCUCGGCUUCGACAACGUCAGGAUACCAAGGGAACAUAUGCUGAUGAAGAAUUCUAAAGUAUUAGAGGACGGUACGUACGUGAAGUCGCCGAGCUCCAAGCUAACGUACGGCACCAUGAUGUUUGUGCGCGUGAUGUUGGUACACGACAUGUGCAACUACAUGGCCAAGGCCGUCACCAUCGCCACCAGAUACUCCGCCGUGCGCCGCCAGUCGCAGCUCCGGCCCGACGAGCCGGAGCCUCAGAUCCUGGAGUACGUGACGCAGCAGCACAAGCUGCUGAUCGGCGUGGCCAGCGUGCACGCCUUCCGCCUCUGCGCCGCCGGCCUCUGGGACAUGUACAACAACGUCACCGCGGAGCUCGAGACCGGCGACAUGGAGAGGCUGCCUGAAUUGCACGCGCUGUCGUGUUGCCUGAAGGCGAUCACGACGAGCGACGCGGCGGCGUGCGUGGAGCGCUGCCGCCUCGCCUGCGGCGGCCACGGCUACAUGCUCUCCUCCAACCUGCCGCUCACCUACGGCCUCGUCACUGCCGCCUGCACAUACGAGGGGGAGAAUACGGUCAUGUUACUGCAGACUGCUAGGUACCUAGUGAAGGCGUGGCGCACGGCGGCGCACGCGCUGCCGCCCACCGUGGCGUACGUGGGCGCCGUGAGCGCCGGCCGCCGCUCGCCGCCCUGGGACAACUCGCUGCUCGGCAUCAUCAGCGGCUUCCAGACCCUCGCCGCAGGGAAAAUAGGUCUAUGCGUGGCGCAAAUCGAGAAACGACAAGCAAGCGGAAUGUCGUACGAGGACGCUUGGAAUAUGACCUCUGUUCAGCUCACAGCCGCCUCAGAGGCACAUUGCCGCGCGUUUAUUCUGUCGAGUUAUUACUCGGAGAGUGAGAAAUUGUCGCGCUCGGCCUCCGCCCCUCUCCGCCGCGUAUUAACACAGCUUGUUGAACUGUACGUCGUGUACUGGGCGCUGCAGUGCGUCGGCGAUCUGCUCAGAUUCACAUCGAUAUCGGAACGCAAUAUCGAAGAGUUACAAAACUGGUAUGAAGAUUUGUUGGUGAAACUCCGACCUGACGCUGUGGGCUUAGUGGACGCUUUUGAUAUCAGAGAUGAGAUUCUCCGUUCGGCUCUUGGUGCAUACGAUGGCCGCGCGUACGAGAGACUGAUGGAGGAAGCUAUGAAAAGUCCACUUAAUAAAGAACCGGUAAACCAAAGCUUUCAUAAAUAUCUCAAACCAUUUAUGCAAGGGAAACUAUGAACAACGUAUCUUGAUAUUUUUUAUUAAGGCUCAAUAACUUAAUUAACCAUGAUUAUAGUAUAUUUGUCACAAUUUCUAAUGUUUAUAAUAAUGUAACGCGCAGGAAAGGAACAAACGUGCUCAUUUAUUCAGAACUGUAUUCUGUUUAUUAGAGACAAUAAUAAAAACAGAUUUAUAUAAUUGAAGCUACUUAUUAUGAUAAGAAGUGAUAACAAAUUCAAGUUAUAUCGUGUAAAUUUUACUAUUUUUAGUUAAUAAGUAAAAUGUUAUUGUAAAUAACAAAAAUAUAUAAACGGAAGUAUAUUGAAAUAAAGAUUUUAUGCUUUUUGGUGAUGGUAAUGGAUACCGGAACAUUCCAUAAUGAAAUUUUAUGAGAUUUUAUACAAAUUCUAUAAUAUAUUUUGUAUUUCUUUUGUU